AUGUGUUUCCUGAAGAUCACGAACGGUGUAUACUACGUUGAAAUUGUUUCCCGCGUGGUAGAGAUGUCAGACAUUGCCGCAAGAAUAUACUUGGAAUGCCCGGUGAACGGCUGCGAAUCGGUAGAGGUCGACUUAGACCCAUACGAUGUGGCAUUGGUCUUUCCACGGCCGAAUAUUGGCCAAAUGGUGCGGAUCCGCGGAUUCGUCGAACAGGACAAUGCGUUUGAGUGCGAAGAGCUCAUAACGGCACAAGAGGCGACGUGCACGGAUGGUAUGAUGAUCAGCUUCGUAUCUGUGUUCGCUGACCAGGCCUGA